AUGGCCAUUGCACCCGCUGCGUUCUCCCUGGUGCUGCUGGAGAUGCGAACCAAAGCGCCGGGUGCCAAGACUUUUCCUCAAGCGGUUCGAAGCCGUUUUGGGAACGUGGCCCACAUUCUGACAACCUGCAUGUUCCUCAUCACCUCCUUCGUGAACGUCUUCGUCAUAAUCGUCGGUGAGUCAGUGGGCAGCUCCUUUUGUUUAACUGAUGGUGAUGCAAAAUACUUUAGGGUAAGGUGAUACCAUACUAACAGCACAGGUACUAGCCAAGUCCCAUACACGCGUGUUUCGCCGAUGUUUUGCCUCUGCAUGGUGCAGCUGCGAGGGGUUCGGCUCAUCGGUGGGUCCCCCAGCAUUCCCCUUAAUGAAUAUUACGCGGUUACCUGCUGUGGUUGAUGAACUUUGGCCCAAAUAUUCAUGUAUAUAAUUCUCGGUCUGAGCCUAUAGACCUGGUAUAAACUGAACUACUCCAACUUCGUAGAUAAUUUCUCAGGAAAUUGAAAAACGACUAUGCAAAACACUGUCUGACUGACUGAACACUGACUGCUGCUAUACAGGGCGAUUGAAUUGAAAGCAUAGGAGAGGAUGGCAAAGCGGAUGUUGAAGAGCUUUAUCGUGGACGCAACUAAAUAGUCAGACAUACGAAAGUUCGGCCGUCGCAUCCGACGAUGUCCACCGUGUGUUCCACAGCAGGGUGCAGCAGGCACGGUAACUUACGCGUGAAUUAGUUUGUAGUGAGAGUAGACUUGCGCAGCAUCUACCGCACUCGUUCUUCCCCACUCCCCACCUGGACCCAGUGUCAAGACAAAGUCAGGAAGACCGAAGGCUAGUGAAGACACAGGUGGACGGCACGGUCGAGCCCGCACUUUGACGUUCCACUCCACAUCCCCCUGGUGUAGGCAGCAAAUAACCAGGAUAUUAACCAAAAACAAAAACAACAACAACAAUGGGGGUGACAGGGGUCCCAGUGUGCGCGACGUACGUCGGCAACCGGGUCUGCCAUCGCACCCCGAAAUGUUGGCAUUUGUUAUGGUACGCAAAUCCGAUACCGCCUGCCAGAAUCCGCCAUGGCCCCCGUGUUGGUCCAGCGCGUCUACCAUGUGGCUCGUUUGGCGGGACACGUAAGACAUACCUCAACAUGUAUUGAGCAUGUGGGUCAGGAAAUCACGUGACCUGAUGUCCAUCUAUUAAUGCAGACCAGGCUAUGGCUUAAUUAAAGUCAGGGUUCGAUGGGGCUGGGGUAUGAUAACUUAGACACACUUUACACAGACGAUGGCUGCCUCCAAAACCUGAAAUGUCAGGCCAGAUCGCGUCUCAAGAAGCUAUCGUCAACAAAAUAUUAUAGAGUCGGCCCGUACAAUACAUCCAUGGAAUAUGUGCAGCCUAGGGAUGGGUAUAUUUGAGCAGAAAGUCGAGGUAUUAUGAUUGGUUCGUAUUGAUCGUUUUACUGAGGACUGUCAUGCAGACCAAUACGAGAUGAAUGGGCCCAUGUGAUGCCCGAAUGUCCUUGAAUGAUUUGGGCAGUUGAGAUAUUAAGCGGAAUAUAAAGCGGUUAUUCCGCAGUAGCUGAUGGAUUUCAGCUCAAAUAUUCAUAUCAAACUUUGGACCGUGCCUGAAAAGGCCCGUUUCGAACGAUUUACUCCAAGUUUGCACAUUAAUUUCCUCGGAAAUUAAACAAGGCAAGUUGAGGUAUUUGUGAUUGGUGUGUGGCAGGGCUCCUGACAUUGGUUGGUAGAUCUCAUUGAGAUGAAUUUGCAAGUUCUGCGAAUAAUCCCAUGCUACAAUUGAAAAUUCAGUUUAGAGAACACGUGUUUUGGGUAACGCAUGAUCAGGCCAGUACAAUUACAUAGACAUUGAAAAUAUGAGAAGUUCACAGGAUUUAUAAGUGGCUCAGGGGUUAUCAACACUCAUCGUUCCCAUGCCACCCGCAUGACGAGGUCGGAAUGUUGUGGUCAUUUGGGCGAGGGGGAGGGGUGAAAUAGGCGAUGAGUGGUGUUUGUUAGUCGAGUACGUUGAGCACACAUCACUGCCAUCAGGAGGUUUGAGCAACGUGCAAUGAUCAUCGGAGGUCGACGUUGGACAUGGAAGACAGAGCACCUGUGUCAACGUCUUCUGAAAACAUAGCACUGGAUUGUCUAGCCGUAUAGCCACUGCCUCGGCUGUAGAAAGCACGCGUUGACGCAGGCCUCUGGAGGAGCUUUCUGAUGUCCGGUAAACAGCCUGAAAGGCUUCUUUAGCAUCGAGUCGGUGAUUCGCAUCAACAAGAUGUGCGAGAAUAGAACUCGAAAUAAAUAUUUUCCCUCCGCCUAGCCAGGCAAGUUUGACACUCUCGUUUCCAGGUGCCUCGUUGUGCGGCCAGGGGAGCAAGUAAAUGAGCAAAUGCACAUCGAUGUGGUCUGCAGCGGUAAUCAGUCUUGACCUCCCAAGCGUAGGCGGGGAGAAUUCGUGAACUGUACGCGUAAAUUCACCGCUGUCUUCAGACGUCGUCUUACUAGGUCGCUUGCUGCGUCCCCUUGAAAAGGCAAUUUCGUAAAUACAGUGAGUGACCGAUCUCAUGAAAUUUUCGCCAAAAUUCUGAAAUGCGUUUCCAAUUAGGUGGCGUUGUAAUACUGAUUAUCUUGCGGCGUAAUCAUAUAAUAUUUCGGACUCGGCAGGAUGUCGGUUUUCAACUGCACGUCUUUUUAAUCUCCUGUAGAAGUCAUGCUCGUCAAAAAUCACUACUUAAGUGGAAUGCCCUUUUCUCAUUGGUUGUCGAUGGGCUUUCAAAUUCAAAUAUAUUUUAUAAUCAAAUGUUGACAAAAAUAUGCUUUAUUUCAGUCAGUUGAUAGGGAACCGUCUCAUCUUUAUAUUUUUUUACUCGAAGAAGCAUUAUAAUUAGGUUUUAAAAAGUUUCUAAUCAUGAUAAUGUUUAAGACCGUGCGAUGUCUAUUCAUACAGUAUCAUACCUGUCCUUUUACCGCUGCUCCCCAUGAAACGUACAACACAGUCUGCAUCCAUUGCGAAAUUUUAUGGACUUUAUAUGAAACCUUUUAAAGGCAUAGAAGAAGAUGUGAUUUUCUUUACGCGGAACGCCUGAAACUUGUAGACUGCAAUCACUAGGCGAUAUUGCAACGGCUGAUCAGGCGCCAAAUAAUUCGGGAAUUAGAAAACUUUUUUAAAAUCUAAUUUUAAUGCUUUUUCGAGUAUAAAACAUGAAUAGGAGGUGGUUCCCUAUCAAACGAGUGAAAUUAAACCUACUUUUGUUAAAGCUUCUUAUAAAAUGCAUUUGAAUUCACAAGGCUAUCGAAAAUCAAUAGGAAAAUGCAUGCUACUUAUGUAGUGAUUUUUUUGCCGAGCACGACUUCUACAGGAGACUAAAAAGACGUUCAGUUGAAAACCGACAUCCUGCAGAGUCCGAAAUUUUAUAGGAUUACGUCGCAAGAUAAUCAGUAUUACAGCCCAACCUAACUAAUCCUUCCUAAUUGGAAACGCAAUUCAGAAUUUUGGCGAACAUUUCAUGAGAUUGGUCACUCACUGUAAGUCGUUCCUUUCUGCUGGUGGGCUUUUCAGUGUGCUGCCAAGUAUUUCGGAGGAUAAAUCUCUCUAGGUAUGCGUUUCCGUGGAGUAUAUCCCGCAGCUGCUGGAGUUUUACUCCAACUGUCCCUGGAGAGCAGAUACGCUGGACUCCCUGGACCAAGUUUCGUUGAAUAUUUAGGUGAACAAAACGGUGAUUGUAACUGCAUUGGCCUGAUGAUGAGCUACCGAAAACACAUGUUCGUCAAAUUGAAUUUUAAAUUUCCGAAUGCCAAGCAGGCCAUUGCAGUAGGAACAGGUCGGAACUGAGUUCACGGUAGAAGGGGCGAUGGUUAUAAUAAUAAUAAUAAAAAUAAUAAUAAUAAUGAUAAUAAUAAUAGUGUAUUUUAGGGUAAUAGGCAAUGCCCUUGAUGACCCUAUUGAAAACGGUGCAUAAAAUAUAAAUGUUAAAUGUACAUCUUACUACAAUUUUGUCAGUAACAUAUUUGUUCACGGAAAACGUUUUCACAAUGCGGGACUACGAAGGGUGCGUCAGGCGGUCUUCUCAGUGUACAUAUGAAAUUUUAAGUGCAGUUAUAUACAAUCAGCAUAAAGUUCAGUCAUUUGCAUACUUUGAGAGGAGACAUUUCAUUAAAAGUUAGGAAUGUGUUAAGUAGGGAUGAAAUCAAGAAAUGAAAUUUAUGGCUGGCCGCAGAUAGUCCUGUUGUGAAAGUCGUCGUUUAUCAAAGAUCAAACGAUCCAGUUGCCUUUUGAAUACAGCGAUUGUAUCAGAUAUCACUAUUUCACUUGGGAGUGAGUUCCAUGGUCGAACAACACGCUGGCUGAAGGAAAAUUUCUGGUUGUCUAGGCGUGUACGCUCCCGCUUGACUUUGUAUGUUUGUGAGGAUGGUAGAAGGGUCCUUUCGAAAAACGUCAACGAUGAUGGUGGAGAAGGUGUCGUUCCGCAGAAGAGACGGGUUAAUCGUGCUGAUAAUGGGCUUGGAUUGCAAAUGUCCGGUAAGGACAAUCCAUGCCCGGAACGUUCGCUGGCGGUGUGGUAGCUGUUAGGUGCUUGCACUUUUAGUCUGCGACAAUAAAGUCUUACCGGUCUAUAUUUUUGCCUUGACAGCGGCUGUUCUAUUGGCUUCGUAGACGACUGCUCCAGUCUGUACUUCAUUGCGCACGUAGAGAUCGUCGAAUUGAUUUAUCGAUUUAUCGAUCAAUUUCGCGCACUCCGUCUGUGACCAGUCAUAGUCGCGUCGCCGUAGAAUAGACGCUUAAGCCAGCGCUCGCCAUACAUCCUCACAACGUGGCCUCUCCAUCGCAGUUGUAUCUGCUGCAGCAUAGCUUGAAUACUGAGGACGCCUGAUCCUUCCAGGAUCUCAAUUUCUGGGACCUUUUACUGCCGCUACGGAGGCAGCUUGGCGAUCAACGUCUCCAUCUCAAACAAGAGUGUUUUCAGGACAGCAGUCCUUCGGUUUUGUGUCGAGGAGGAUUCAAGGACGGUUUCAUACGGAGGGAUGAAGCCGUCCAGAAGACCAAUUUGGCUUCUGAGUUCCGAUCGGCAGUUUUGUCGUCGAUGCGUCAGGAGUACGGUGAUAAGGGCUUUUAAGCAGACGCGACGCGCCCGCAUGAAAAGCUCGAGUGCAGUGAAGCACAGGUGCUCACAAACUCUGUUACUAUCCACUUAGCUCAUUAAGCGAACUGGUUGCAACGUGACAUUUAGGCGUUCGGGUUCCCGAACUUGACUAGUCAGACGAUUUCCUCUUAAGCAGGCAGUACCGAUACAAGACCAGGUGUGUCAUGAUAAAAAAAAACUAGAUAAGAUCUUAUUUUGCAGCCAAACAAUCGGAACGUAAUACUGUUGAGCUACUUAUUUGUAAUGAGUAGAUGUGAUUACGUUGCUAUGGUGUCGUUGUCGUGCUCAGUUCCGAAGCUUUGACAGCAGCUAUUUGUGUGCACCAUUGUCUCAUUGGUACAAUGCAUGUAGAAUAAGUACCCUUAAAAUGAGGUAUUAGGAAUGAUUAAAAACGAAAUUAUGGGUUUAAUUUCAACAAACUUGUCUCAGUUGCUUUUCAGGGCUUAGAAAGUGCAACUGUUUGUGAUGAUUACAGUUGCUGCCAAGUUUGAAAAGUGCGCAGCGGGGUAGCAACGGUAUCCUCUAAAUACUACAUGACUUGCUCAGAACAUUACUCUUGUCUGAUUGUGUGUCUGAUGACGAAGCCCAAAGGUUAGGUGGCUAAAACACCCGUUUCAGGGGUCGCGUAUCCGUCUUCCUAACUGCUUCCUGGGACUCGUCUCUUCGCGUGAAUGAACGCCGGUGUUCUCAUCAGAGACCCAGCCUCUAAGUCUGUUUCAGUCAGACACCCAGGCUCUGUGAGUGGAGUGUUUUAAACGAACACCGGGGGCUGUCAGCGAGAUGAUUUACGUUCGCAUGAUCCUAGACCGAGGAUAGCAGGAAACUGUCUGUCAGUCAGUAUCAGCCAGUAUAUUUGGAGUAAAUAACAAAAGCCCUUAACACUCCAUUUAAACGGUACAGGUGUGAAUUUACAUGUAGUUUUAGCGUGCAGAAUGCAUAAAUCUAAUGUGGAAAAGGUGUGACAUUUUACGAAAUAACGGCGAAAAAAAUCGUUCACUGCAUUCGUACUGAAAUUUUCAUCCGCUUUGAGCUUAAGGUACACAAAAGGAUCUAUUGAAUUUAUGCUAGUAGCAUCUUUAUAGUCAUUUCAGUAGUCCUCUAGAUCGGGCUUGGGAGUUGGGGUUGCCUUUUAACAGAUGUCUCCCCGCUUCCCGCCACGCCCCUAGCUGGAGCCUCCGCCCUGGACGUAGUGUGUGCAGACUUAGAGGGAGAACGUCUCGUGGCCUUCCUCUUCCUGACAGUGGGCCUCUGGGCCAUCUGCUCAUGCAACACUGGACUUCACAUCUACACUUUCUUCAGCAGUAUUUUUGUGCUGCUCUCGACUGUGAGCCUGUUCGCCUAUGUGUACCAGAGCGAAAAAGCAUUUCCUCUUGGUAAGUCUAUUCGUCAUGCUAAUUCACGUUAAUCGCGUUAAACCAGGCAAUAACUUGCAUAGAUUCUGCAAUGUAGCACAAAGACACAGAGGAAACCGAUUGGGCUACGUCGCUGAACGCCGUUCAAAAGUACAUCAACUAGGACAGACUUAUGGCUAUAACGAGCGAAAAUUAAAAAAAUAGUUUGUACUUAAUUACAGUAGGUAGCGUGAUAUAAAUAUCUCUACGUUUCAAAAUGGAAACCAAAACAACACAAACGUAAAAAAAGGAUAGUUUUGUGCAUUCCUCCCAAUAAGAUACGUCUAGACCUAUAAGGGAACCCAAAAUACCUGGAAAAACUUAUAUGACUUAGAGUUGCGAAAAUUCCCACGGAGCGAUUCAGAAGACCAUUGAGCAAGCAUAAGCGUGCUUCGGACAACAUCUCGAGGUACAAAGUGACACGUGUGAACGAUAAGAGAAAUCGAUUGCGGAGUGUGUGAAUGGGAGGGGUGAGGGGGUAGAAAUUGGCAACGGUUUUGUGGCCCGCUCUCUAAUUUUCCGGAGAAUGAAGCUCUCUGGAUAGCCGUUUACGCGGAGUGUGUUUUUCAGUUGCUGGAGUUCUGCUUCAACAGUUUCAGGAGAGCAGAUGCGUCACACUCUAGCCGCCAGUCCCUGUACUAAAUUUUGUUUGAGAUUUAGGGGAACAAAACUGUAAAAACGAAUGUAUCGUCCCAUCCAAGCUUUUUUCUGAAUAACUUGCGUUAGAUAGAUUCAUCCUCUUGUCUGUCUAAAAGGACAUCGAGGAACGCGAUCUCGUUAUUCUCCCCAGUCUCUGCGCUAAACCUCGGUGAGGGGUGAGCCCUGUUAAACUUCUGAACUAGACCAAUGAUAUCGAUAGAAUGACUUGUAAGGCAAAAGAUACUGUCUAUAUAUCGACCGUAGAACUCAAGGUCAUUGAUGUUAUCUUUCAGACUCGUUUGUUCGACCCUGCCCAAUAGAAAAGUCUCCGGUGAAAAUAUGCAAAUUUUAUAGACGGGAUCUCUCAAGCCAGAAAGGCCAAGGUCUGGAGUGUAAGAAGAGUAAAAAUUGCAUUUACGCCGUAUGCUUAUUUUAGUAUGCUAACGAAGUGCCGAAAUGAACCCACGUCAAAUAAGAGAGGUCCAAAAUAAACUCUGAUGGGGAAGGGCGAUAUAUCUCUGAGCACUUCCGAAAAAGUUCCCCUACUACAAAUUAUGCCAAAAUUGACUGACCUUUUUUCGAAAUUACAGGAUCCAUAGACCGCAUCUACAAGCUCUUGAGCUGUUACGAAGCACCUUCCGGUGGAGUGGUUUCAGUUUACAUGUCUGCUUACAAUCCGCACGUUCUGCUGACCGGGAUCACUCACAUGCUCAGUAAGUCUUCGGAAAAAUUCUAUGUACAGCAGUUUUUUCAACUUCUGCUUGAACAUGAAGAUGGGUAAUUCAUGGGGAAUAAAAAUUUACCGGAAUUGGGCAUGGCUGACUGAUGACGGCUAAUAAGCUAGAAAUGGCCAUUCUGGUUUUCCUUGUCUUUGUCAUCCUCCAUACACAACGGAACGAGUGAGUUCCGUAUGAACGAUCGGUGAAAGCCCCCUAACAUCAUACAUAUAUUUAUAUAUAUUCAAUCAGGAAUGGGUGCACAUCGAUCUAUUGGCUUCACGCAGCAAACAAGCAAAGAUCACGAACAGGCAACCAAUAAUCAGGCCGAAGUCGGCCAAAUUAUAAUAGCAGCAAGGAGGGACGACAGAGAAUGCGGGUAGAUUGAUACAGUCUGUUUCGGGCUUAUUGUGCCUUCACUCAGCCAAUCAUAACCCUGAACAACAGCUCGGACCAGAAACACAAACAUACGCACUGACGCACCUGGCGCAGUUGGUCCACCACUGGGGUCUACCAGAUGGGUCAUAAGCACUUCAUCGAACCGAAGUUCAUCAGUGCCUCGCCACUUGUCAUAGGUUGCCUGUUCGUGACCUUUGCCACCCAUGCGGAGCUUGUUUGCUCCGUAAAGCCAAUAGAUCGGUGUGCGUCCAUUCCUGAUCGAAUAAAUAUCCAAUCUGCUGGAAAAGAAUUCGAACAAAACUGCGUUUGUGACCAGUGGGGUGGUUACUUGGGAAUUGGACGAUGCGUCUGGUAUUUGUUACCUUGCAGUAUACCGUAGUUCUGAUACCCCACUAGCCAUCCUUGUGACGUUUACGUUAAGGAAGGGUGCUUGGUUGUUGUUUUCCUCUUCCACUGUAAAUUGGACGUCGAGAAAAAACUGAGUUCCACAAGACCUUGAAGUUCUGAACGCCGAUCUUCUUAAUUACGACAAAUAUGUUGUCGACGUAUCUGGCCCAGAAUUUUCAGGAGUACGAACGAAAGACUAGUCGCUCGAGUCUCUUCAGAACAGCCUCGGCAAUCAGCCCAGGGGGGAGGGCAUCGGUGUUCCCUUCUUUUGCUCGUAAACCCGAUUGAUGAGAAUGAGGAAAGUUCUGAUGCUCAAUUUCAGGAGCUCGAGAACGUGCGUUCGUUUAAGCCGUUGGUCAGCUUCAUCAUAUUUUUCCUGAAGAAGCCUGUCGAUAGUGCUGACGGCGAGGCCGGUUGGAAUGGAGAUGAAAAAGAAGACCACGUCAUAUGAUAUCAUUAUGUCGUCCGACGCUAUUUCUGGAUGUCUGAUACUCCUCAGGAACUGCCCAGCCGGUUUCACCGUCCAUUCGAAAUCCUCGGUCAGGAAACGGAAUUGUUGGUAAAGCCAUUUUGACAGUCCAAAUGCCAGAGUGCCGUGUAAGGAGACUAUGGCACGUAAGAGAACUUCUGGCUCAGAUACUUUUGGCAGACCGUAAAAACGCACCAUGACGGUAUCGGUGGCAUUUGUGGCCAGUGCCUCCUUUCUCUUGAUGACCCCGCCUUCCACAAUAUUUCUAUCGCCCUGUUUACAUUGUUCACAUGCUUCUUGAACGCCAAAAGCUCCUAGGCAUCUUCGCCCUCCAACAGACCUUACAGUUUCGUCAUGUACUCAGUCUUGUCAUAUGAAACCACCGAGCUUCCCUUGUCGGCGAGUUGUGUUGGUGAAACGGACAAACGCCUCUGCACAAAAUUGCAAAAGCACCAGCUUGCAGUCAAACGCGAGGAUAGCCUGUCACUGGUAUAUGACCACAUAAAACACGAGAAUCGCAGUUUUGCCUUUGGGGAAGCAAGCGUCAUCUGUCGAGCCAGCGACAAGAUGGUCAGAAUGGUUCUUGAAAGUUGGUUCUUAGUUGGCACAAUCAACAGAGCCAUUGAUCUUCAUCCGGCCUACCAGGCGUUACGUACGAGGCUCAAGUCAGUCCAGAGGGGGCCGACAUCACUAGCGAACAAAUCGCGGCUUCCUCAAUAGUUGUCACCUCCACAGCCGGAGGAGAGAGUCAGCCGGGGCUCACACGACCGAGGCGAGACAUCGAUCGAUCGACGCGCCCAAACGGCCGAAUAUGAUCCGUAAAUGGAACGGCAGCUGAUCAGCCCAUCAGGUUAUGAGGGGAGGGCCCACACGGGCACACGGACCUAGGAGCGAGAAGGACGACCGGGCAGGGGACAGAGGUCACACGGGGUGCAUGACGCGGCCGCGAGAGGUUCAGCUCCUCAGGGGUCCCCUAGUGUUCCCUAUACAGUUUUGAACCACGCUAUAUCUUGCUGUCUUUGCAUAUACUGCUGAUGACAGUUUAUGAGUAUUACGCGCUCAAUCCGCUGUGGCGGAUAGACUUCGUCCUAAAUAUUCAUAUCGCAUCUCAGUCUGAGCCUAAAAGUGUCAAAUAAACUUAUGUACUUCAAGGUAGCGAUUAGCUUCUGAGGAAAUUAAAAAGCCGCAAUUCCAAAAUUGGAGAAUCAACCAGAAGACGACACGUGGGACGCCGGGUAACCCACUGAUGAGCCGAACCUCUUGCAGCUGUGCCAUAAGGCUACAGAAUGUCGGCGAAACACGUGCACGGGAUUUUAGCAAGUACCUAUGCUGUCAUGUAUGGUCUAUCAUGCGACCUUUGGUCUGAUAUUACCUCCGCGAUUACGCUAUUGAGGUCUUGAUAGCUUGGCACGGGUGAAUUAUGUGCGUAGGGCGAACUGCCAGUUGGUUUUUUCAUCGCGUAUAAAGUGCACCCUGCCAUAUCUCGACCCGCCUUCACAUGAGUAAUAGUCGCCUCCACGUCCAGCGUCCGUGUUGUCAGCAGGGUCGUAGCGUUUCCCACAUUCAGUGGCCCUCUUACAGGCCUGACCGACUAGGCGGGCGUUCUGCAAUCCUAAGCCUCAAAGCUGAACUGUUGCCAGUUUUUAAUGCCAAUUGGUCGAUUUUUGCGUCACAAAGGUCCAACGAGUGCCCAGUCUGGGUUGCAUGAUUUGUCACCCGUGACCUGCACCCAAUCCUCAUUUGCGUGUCACAGUCUUUAACUGUUCACCGGUCAGUCGAGGCCGGUAAGGGUUAAGCAAUCGACGUUUGCCCGCAUACACGAACACCGUCUGGCGUGUGAUGGGAAGAUAAUCCCUGUCCAAAGUAGAUGGGCGAAUAGGAGACUGGGUGUUCGAAAGUGACUGAAAGAGAGCCAAUGAUUAAUUUGACGAAGUCAAGUACCAGAAAGCCCAUUUAUAUUUAUGGCGAGUGGAAAAUUCACGAAGCAACUGUAAUCCAAAUACUUUCAUGGUCUUAGCGCUAUACGAGGUCAAAAAUUUGCCGAUUUAGUACUUAUAUAAGUAGGCUGGCAAUUUGGCUGCCAGUCUAGAAAGGCAGGCAUUGCAGAUUUUGUUUCAGUAGGUGCACGUCUUUCAAUACCUAUUACAUGCAUUACUAUUGUUUUCAAUACUUAUCAGCCCGUCAUAAUUGUGAUUACCCGCUCCCCCAUGAUCUCCUUUUUAGUGGUUUGGACGAGUUUCUUCGCAAAUCAGACCUACUGGAUAACAAGUGCUGACGUUCCACCAGAUAACAGCAGCCUCGGUCUAGUUAUUGCCUCUGUGGUGAACUUCACUACUUCAAUGGUGUUCUCCACCUCCCUGGGCCUCGGACUCGUUGCACUCUGCUCGGCUUACGGCGAAGCUGUUUCGCAGACAUACGGCACCAAGGAAUGUACGUCAUUCCAUGAACCCAAUCAUGAGCCUUACAAACUAGUACAUUAA